UUCUUACCAAACAAUAACAAUUUGCUUCGUGAAUUUUCAUAUACAUACGAGUGUGUGCAUUCCGUUUGACUAUUGUUUUUUACAUUUUGAUUUGUUGCAAUUCAUAUAAAGCCGGCAGAAGAAAUUUGACGUGGUCGCAAAUUAAAAAUAUAUACACAUACAUACAUAUAUUGCAUUAGAAAAUAUGGAAGGAAAAGUUACCGUUCUUACACCGACUAAUCGGAGACAAAAUGUUAAAGUUACACCCAACACGACUUUACUACAAAUUUUGGAGGAGGUUUGUCAAAAACAUGAUUUAGAUAGCAGCGAAUACUGUCUAAAGCACCACAACAAAGAAGUGGGCCUUACUCAAAUAUUUCGUUUUAGUGGGCUUCCCAACAACUGCUUAUUGGAAAUGUCGCAGACCGAACGCAGACGCACCGAGUCAAAUGUGAAUAUCUGUGUUCAAUUGGAGGAUGGAUCGCGUGUUCAAGGUCAGUUCAAGCCCAGCAACAAUCUCUGGGAAGUUGUCGAAGAGCUUGGGGCUGAGGCAAUAAAAAGUUAUUCCAGUCCUGUGGCGAUUUACAUGCGUCAAGAAAUUAUUGGCAAAAAUCGCAUGGCGGAGACAACUCUCAAAUCAUUAGGCAUAUUCGAGGGCCGUGCCAUGUUUCGGGUCAUGGACAAGACUGCAGAAGAGCUGAAGUCUCAAGCCAAUGUUUACGUACCAUCGAAAGUAAGGGAAAAGCCAAAAGAGGAACACGAAAGGUCAGUGCCAUCUCAACAAGAUUCAACCCAUAUGGGCGGUGGUGGUGGAUUCGCUAUAACGAAAGAUUUGGUGCAAUCGCUAAAGAAGUCAGAAGUUGCGGAAAAUGCUGAAAAUUCUGCUACGCGUAAUGUAGGUCCGGCAGAGAUCAAUAAGGAGAUCGAGCCAGAAAAGCCCAAAUAUGAUUGGGGUUCGGGUACUGGUUAUUCUAUACAAAAUUCGAGGCAUGCACAAGAUACUGCAAGUAAUGCGGGUAAUUUAUUAGACGAGGAACAACCUGAAAUGGAAAUAGAACCGGAAGUCAAUAUUAUUGGUGAACGAAACGCUGUGCUGUUUUCCUUGGAUGAUACACAAACUCAAGCAGAAGAAUUACCCGAUUCGUUUUUCGAUUUAACCGUCGAGGACCUUAGAUUGGUAUUGCGCGAUUUGAAAAAAGCGUCAAGGGGUGAUGAAGAUGCCCCCCUACUCACGGAGCGAUUGCGUCAAUUGGAAGAUCAAAAAACCAUGUUAAACAAAAUUUCACAAUACAAGAAUUGCGUAAUACGAAUUCAAUUCCCUGACCGACUCGUUUUGCAGGGUAUCUUCAAGCCAAUCGAUAAAAUCUCCGAUGUUAUGGAUUUUGUGCGUCAAUUUUUGCAGGACCCCGAAGCGAAAUUCCAUUUGUUUACCAUACCUCCAAAAUAUAUAUUGCCUUCGGAUGAAACGCUCUUGGAAUUGAAUUUUGUGCCAACUGCCGUUGUACAUUUUGUAUUUGAGGACAAAGAAGAAAAUGCAAAUGUCGCUGAUAAGUUGGUUGAGUCAGCAUAUUUGAAGUUGGAGCUGAAGGAAAAGCUCACAACUGUUGAAGGUGCCUUUUAUGCAGCAAAUAAAAUGCGAUUCACUAAUCCUCGAGUCUCUAAUCGAAGUGCAAAUUUAGAUAGCGAUUUCCCACUGCGUUCGCAAAAUGAAUACAGGACACCAGACACAUCGUUGGGCGCCAUACCGAAACAACGGAAUUUUAACAAUAUGAUUUGAGAAAAGUAAAAACAAUAAAUAAACAAGUGAAAUUUGGUAAUUCGGAUCAGGGAUCAUACUACCCAUUUA